GAACAGUAGAUAUACGCAGAACGUCUAAUGGAUUAAUACUAGUCGGAUGCGACGCUGGUAUGUAUUUGACUGGCGAGACGUUCUAUCAUAGGUAUCGGCGGAAAUUUCUACUGGCAGGCAUGCUAUUUUGUGCAACCACACGAACACGGAACGCGGUUUCCUUCUCGUUCUGGUGGAGCGACUCCGGAAGGAGAUCUGAGUUCACCAUUUUGAAGACUCGUAAACAAGAUGGGUGUACAUUCACUUGUGUUCGCAUGAUGCCACAUGAAAGUGAGUGGGUAAUGUGCGACAGGCCGAGCUGUCUCAGCUAGCUCAGUGCUUCUCAAGACUGAACUUCGAAGGCAGCUCUGCUUUUACAACUGACUGCAGACGGUAGAAAAAUCAAUUCAAGGCUUCUGCUUUGCUACAUGUUGUAUAUAGCGCAUUCUCGUACCAAGACGCUGAUUGAUAACCUCCGAGAUUGAGAUA